CUGUGGGUUGUGGGGUGAACAAGUUCUUAUAAGCUCCGGGAAUUCGCAUUUGAUUCCAUUUGUACAUUUCUUUUAUACAUCUACCGAUUUAUUUUAGUUCUCCCGUUAUUUUAAUUAUUGAGCAAGCAUUGAGAGAGAGAGAGAGAGAGAGAGGGGGUAGAGAGAGAAGGUGGAGAGAGAAAGUAGAGAGAGAAAGAGAGGCGUGAAGGUUUGGGUUGGAGACGCCCAUUAUCAGUAGAAGAGGGGAGUUGUGGUGGUGCCUUUGGGUUUUAACUAUUAUUAGGUCCCAAAGUAAGCCGAGCUGACAACGCAGCAUCUCAUUUCUUUUAUGAAUUUCCCGUCAUGACCGUCAUCAUCAUCCUCAUCACUCGCUUUCUCUCUCUAGACCUCCUCUCUCUAUAGACUUCCUCUCUCUAAGGCCACUGUGCUCCUCCUCGUCCUCCUGGUGCCGCUGCUGGAUGUUGCAGGACGCCAUAUUGUUUAUUUGGGUUCCCCCCCAUUUGCUCUUUUUUCAGUUUUUAAUCGCUUUCCAGCGCUCACUCGUAGGAGCCUCUUAAGCUUUCCAGUUGUCCUUCUUUUUCACCCUCUCAGUACAGAUUUCCCUUUUCCCCCCCCCAAAUUCCCCACUUCACGGUCCCUACUUCUCUUCCCCAUCUCAACUUUCCCCUCCCCCUUCUUUCUCUCUCUAACCUUCAACAGCCCUCCCCCAAUUCACCCCUUCUUUCUCUCUCUAGGCAUCAUGAUGAGAUGGUUAGAAUGGCAGAGGCCGAUGUACGGCCGACUUGACCUCUGACUCCAUUCCCCAUACGCCCAAGCUAGAGAGAGAGGGGGUAAAGAGAGGGAGAUUAGCGUUUAGAGAGAGAAAUGCAGCAAGGUGGGUCUCAAUAUGGGGUAUCGCCAGAAGUGGGUCAGUUUGGGGGGUUGCCGGAAAACGCUUCCCCGAUCAGUUCGCGGGCUCCUAGCGGCAGGAAUUUCGAGGAGCUCGUGGGCCCGGCCGGUGGGUUCGCUGAUGAGGAGGCUCUGGUGGGCGGUGAGGAAGGAGAGAGAGGGGCAACUGGUAAUCGGUGGCCGAGACAGGAGACCUUGGCUUUGCUCAAAGUUAGGCAGGAUAUGGACGCAGCUUUCCGUGAUGCUACUCUCAAAGGCCCCUUAUGGCAGGAAGUAUCAAGGAAGCUAGCUGAGCAAGGGUUUAAUCGCAGCGCCAAAAAAUGCAAAGAGAAGUUCGAAAACGUCCAUAAAUACUACAAGCGCACCAAGGAAGGCCGAGCUGGUCGCCAAGACGGCAAAAGCUACCGUUUCUUCUCUCAACUCGAAGCCCUCCACUCGAGCCAAGCCACCCCCACCACCUCGGCUCCACCACCACCGCAACCGCCACCACCACAAAACCCUAACCCUAAUAAUCCAGUCCCUCUCCUCCCUUCACCAAUGGCCUCCAAUCCUCGUCCCCAACCAACCCCUCAACUCCAAAUUCCCAAACCUGCGGCUGAUUUUCCGGCCACUGGAAUAAGCCUGAGUUCUGGGGACUCGUCGGAAUCGGACGACUCUGAAGGGACUGAAACUGUGGCAAAAGAUAGCCGGAAGAGGAAGAGGUCGAAUUCAGCAGACCAGAUGACUACUAAGAUGAUGGAUUUCUUUGAGGGACUCAUGAAACAAGUCAUGGAGAAACAAGAAGCCAUGCAACAGAAGUUCCUGGAAACAAUGGAGAAGAGAGAGCAAGCUCGAAUGAUAAGAGAGGAGGCUUGGAAGAGACAGGAGAUGGCUCGACUGGCUCGUGAGCAUGAGCUUGUGGCGCAAGAGCGAGCGCUCUCCGCGUCACGAGAUGCAGCAGUCAUAUCGUUUUUGCAGAAGAUAACAGGCCAGACGAUACCAAUCCCGAACCCACCAGCUGGACCCACAGUGCCCGUCGCUCCAGUCCCAGUCCCUGUUCCUCCUCCACCCACUGUAACAGCCAUUGUGCCCACCACUCCAAACCCAACUCGACCACCGAACCCAGCACCCACACCCCCACCCCCACCCCCACCCGCUGCCCCUGCGGGUGCAGACCAAGAUCUAAGUGGGCACGAGUCAUCCAGCUCAAGGUGGCCGAAAGCUGAGGUUCACGCCUUGAUCCAGCUGAGAAGUGGGCUCGAGUCCAGGUACCAAGAGGCCGGACCCAAGGGUCCAUUAUGGGAAGAGAUAUCGGCGGGCAUGAGUCGGCUCGGGUACAACAGGAGCGCAAAGAGGUGCAAGGAGAAGUGGGAGAAUAUCAACAAGUAUUUCAAGAAGGUGAAAGAGAGCAACAAGAAGAGGCCUGAAGAUGCAAAGACAUGCCCUUACUUCCAUCAAUUAGACGCGCUUUACAAAAAGAAGAUCUUCGGAGGCGGUGUGAGUUCGAGCGGCGCAGCAUCAGAGAGCGGCGGUGAAGUUUUGGCAAUAAUGGCAGCUCCGCCACCUGUGGUGGCAAGUGGGGGUGGUGGUGGUGGUACGACAACUCAGCAGGUCCAGAACGGUAACGGUCACGGCAACGGAGGGGGAAAGGAUGGUAACGGGGGAGAGGGUAACGGUGGAAACGGGGGCAGCGUGCAAACUGGCUUCUACCAGAGCGGGGAGCAGUCCAAAAAGCCAGAAGACAUUGUGAGGGAGCUGAUAGACCUUCAACAACAGCAGCAGCAAUCAGUAAUGGACGACUACGACAAACUCGAAGAACCCGAUAGCGAUAAACUCGAUGAAGAAGAAGACCAAGAUGAGGAGGAGGAGGAGGAGGAGGAGGAAGAAGAAGAAAGGGAAGGAAACCAGCAGGAAGAAGAAGAAGAGAGCCGCAAAUUACCAUUCGAAGUUCAGUUCCAGCGGCAACCAUCGUCCGCCUCCGCAACAAACCCCAACACAUUCAUGGCCAUGGUCCAGUAAGCCUGCAAUACCUUCUCAUCUGUACCAUAUGUACCUACUUUUCUCUCUAAGAGGAGAGAGAAAGAACCAAAUCUUUCUCUCUCUACCUCUAAAAUUAGAGAAAAUCACAUAACGGCCUCGGAUCGAAGCAGAAUAAUCAGAGACACUGAAAAUCUCUUCUUUGUAUCUCUGAGCAGAGACUCUCUACGGUUCUUUCUUUUCAUUGAUUUUCUUAUUAUUCUUCUUUUGUUUCUCUCUCUAUUUGAUUUUCUUUCUUUUCUCAAUAUUUAGGGAUAUGAUCGGUCCCUGGUAUUUUAUUGAUUUGUUUAAUAGACGGAUGAAUAAAUAAUAAGAUUGGAUCACUCUGUCAUUAAUUCGA